CCUUCCACCGCCUAAAACCGCCGCAUCUCCGGCGAAAUGAAGACGACGUCGGCGAUCCCUCUUUGUUUCCUCUUACUCAUAUUUCUCUCCACCACCACCAAUGCCCACAAUAUAACCCAUAUCCUCGCAAAAAACCCAGAAUUCUCAACCUUCAACCACUACCUCACCCUCACUCACCUCGCCGGAGAGAUCAACCGCCGCCAGACCAUCACCGUUUGCGCCGUCGACAAUGCCGCCAUGUCGGCGUUGAUCGCUAAAGGUCUCUCACUUGUGACGAUAAAGAAUGUUCUCUCCCUUCAUGUUUUUGCAGACUACUUUGGCUCCAAAAAGCUCCACGAAGUCACCAAAGGGUCCACCUCCACCGCCACAAUGUACCAAGCCACCGGAGAAGCCCCCGGAACCACCGGGUAUGUCCAUAUCACCGACGUUAAAGGUGGUAAAGUCCGAUUCACUCCCGAAGACAAUCCCACUCAAACUGACGUCGUUUACGUCAAAUCCAUCUUAGAAAUGCCUUACAACAUCUCCGUCAUCCAAAUUAGUGAAAUUCUACAGUCGCCGGAGGCGGAGGCGCCAACGUCGGCGCCGGAUCUGAAUUUAACGUCGUUGUUACAGCGAGACGGAUGUAAAGCGUUUUACAAUCUGUUAUCGACUUCGGGAGCCAUUGGGACGUUUUUAAGCACUGUUGACGGCGGCGUAACGGUGUUCUGUCCCAGUGCAACCGCUGUUGCGGCGUUCGCGCCAAAAUACAAGAACUUGACGGCGGAAGAGAAGACGUCGGUUUUGCUUUACCACGGCGUUCCGACCUACAAUUCUAUGGGGAUGCUGAGAUCAAGCAACGGAUUGAUGAACACGUUAGCGACGGAAGGGGCUAACAAAUACGACUUCACCGUGAAAAACGACGGCGAGGAUGUGAAGUUGAAGACGAAAGUGGUGACGGCGGCGGUCACAGGGACUGUGAUUGACGAAGAACCGGUGGCGCUCUAUAAGAUCGAUAAGGUUUUGUUGCCGAGGGAGUUAUUCAAGGGAACGGUGGAGGCGGAUGAGCCUGCACCUGCGCCCAAGGGGGCGAAGAAGAAGAAGAAGGGGGCAAAGGAAGAUGAUGAUGCGGAUUCGCCGGCGUCCGAUUCUUCAGACGAUGAUGAUUCCGAUGAUGUGGCGGAUCAGAAGGCUAGUUCCGGCGAGAGGCUGGCGUCGUCGGCAGUUAUGGCGGCGUGUCUCCUCCUUGCGUUCAUUUAAGGUUAUUUCUUAUCGUCGGUGUGACAGAGUUUAUAUGUUUAAUAUUUAAAUAUACUAUUUUUAUAUAUUUUUUUAAUAUUUUUUUCCCCAUUUUUUUGUAAUUGUUGAGUGUGUAGAUUUGAUUUCACAAUUUUAUUUUUCAUAUUUAAUGUAGAUAAAUUGGUAUUUUAUUGUUGAA